AUGCCCGAAAAAUCCACCACUACUAGCGAGAUUCGAUCGGAGAUCUCGUCCGCCUCCAAAGACAUCUCCUCCAACGCCCCAAUUGCCCUCAAGGCCUCGGGAGUCUUCUUUUCUGGACUGGCAGCUGGAGGAACCCUCAUCACCACUCUGUACCUAAGACCCAUCUUCAGCCAGAUGACCACCAACGCCGCGUAUACGGUUUUUAAUUUCGUCUACGGCGUCGGCAAGGUGGCCUUCCCUCUGUUUGCCGGUCUGGGAGCUGCUUCUUUCGGAGGAGCCGCCUACAUCGAGUCUCAGAGAACACGCAAGGACGUGACACCUCGAAAAUGGUACAACCCCUCGUCAAGCACACUUCUGGCCUACUCCGCAGCUUCCCUGGUGGCCAUUGUUCCCUACACUCUAAUUGUCAUGAAGCCCUGUCUCACCAUGCUGUUUGACCGACGAGGAGAGGUGGUCAAGGGUGAGGAUAUUAUGGAUUUGUUGAACCUCUGGGCAACUCACCAUCUCGCCAGAGUUGUCCUCACCUCUGCAGGCUUCCUGGGUGGUAUUGUUUCGUUGCUGAAGUGA